AUGGCUGGCCAGACUGAUCCUCAUAUCUCACUAUUCUCUCCACAAGAGAUUGAGUUUAUGGCAGAGGACGAACUGGUGGAGAUUCUUCCGAAUAUGAAGAUGGACCCACUCAAUUUCAUCAGUGGGGAUUUUGGUCGCUUCGUUCCUAUGAUGGCGACGAAAGUGCCUCUGUGGCUUGCAGUGGCACUGAAGAGGAGAGGAAAAUGCACUUUCCGACCUCCCAGUUGGUUGUCUGUUGACAAUCUGACUCAGAUCUUGGAGGCAGAACGAGAAUCUCCGUCGACAUUUCAGGCAUUACCAUUUAGUUAUGUGGAGAUUGCUAGACUGCUUUUUGACCAUGCACGUGACGAUAUUCCAGACAUGUAUAUGGUAAGAUCUCUAGUCGAGGACAUUAGAGAUGUGCGGCUUCACAAACUCGAGACUAACUUGGGAUCAUUUCAAGGUACAUCUGCAGUAAAGAUCUCUAACGUAUCGGCGAUGGAAGUGAACUUAGUUCGCCCGUUUGUGAGAAGAGCGUUAGAAGCGUUCUAUAAGCAUGACAAGCCAGAGGCUGACGUAGACAGAGACGCUAGAAGUAGUAGUAGACAACCCCGUGAAGCUAACAAUGAACCAAGGAGACCUCUAAGGCAACGCUAA